AUGAUUAUGAAUAUAUAUAUCGCUGGAGUAGACGCAAAUGCCAUCACCAUGAUUUGGGCGAUGGCAGAGCUCGUUAGAAACCCUAGUGUGAUGAAAAAGGUUCAAGACGAGACCCGGACUUGGAUUGGAAUCAACUCAAAGGAGAGAAUCGUGGAAGAAGAUCUCGACAUGCUUCAGUACUUGAAGCUUGUGGUGAAAGAAACCGAAGAGAUUCUAAGCAUUGGGAAGAUCCAUAAGAGUUUUAUCACUGAGACUAAAAAGGACAAAGCUUUGAGAUGCUGCCUUUUGGUUCUGGUCGGAGGAUUUGUCCAGGUAUUGCUUUUGGGAUUGCGACCGUUGAAUUGGGACUCCUUAAUUUGCUUUACUACUUCGAUUGGAGAUUGCCUGAGGAGUGAGGACAAGAAAAAUUUGGACAUGGAAGAGGCUGGUGAUGUCACAAUUAUUAAGAAAGUUCUUCUUCAGCUUGUUCCUGUCCUUCGUUGUUGA